AACAGACUUCAGACUUGAUUUGAUAGUUGAUACACAUUGCACGAGAUUUCUACAUACAUGAGAAUUGUGAUUUUUCAAUUGCAAUCAACAAGCACGAAGCAUUUAACUUUUUUCUUAAGAUCAUCUGAUUUCAUCUUUUAAAAUGUCUGAUUGGGAUACAGUUACUAUUCUUCAUAAGAAACCUCCAAAAGCAUCAGCACUUAAGACUGAACAGGCCGUAAACGCAGCACGUCGCCAAGGUCUACCAGUGGAUACUCAACAGAAAUUUGGUGCAGGCACAAAUAAACAACACAUGACCACAAAAAAUACAGCAAAGCUCGAUCGAGAAACAGAAGAAUUACGUCAUGAAAAAGUUCCACUGGAUUUGGGUAAAUUGAUAAUGCAAGGACGUCAGAACAAGGGAAUGAGUCAAAAAGAUUUAGCUACUAAAAUUUGUGAAAAACCACAAAUCGUAAAUGAUUAUGAAGCAGGACGUGGCAUUCCUAAUAAUAUUGUACUUGGUAAAAUAGAAAGAGCCAUUGGAAUUAAACUUCGGGGAAAAGAUCGUGGCCAACCCUUACAGCCAGGACCAAAGAAAUAGCAGUUUUGGUAGUAUGAAAACUAAUCUCCAGUCAUUGCAUAAUUUUUCUGUAAAUCAACAUCUAAGAAUCUUUAUAAUUUCUGCUAUCAUAUUGAUCCCGAUUUUGUAUCUUUUAAUGUGGUCAAAUAAAAAAAAAAUGUUAAAUGCAGAUGUGAAAUGCAAUAAUUAUAGUUAUAUUUGUUACUACUUGAAACUUAAUUUUUGUCAAUAUUUUAUUUCUGAAAAUACCUUUUUAAAUAAACAUGUAAUACAAAUAUGAGUAUUUGUG